AUGGCCACACGAAACGCGCUCCCGCUUACCAACCCUGCCACGCUCAUGUACAUCCGCGAGAAGACGGCUGCCACCAACGCAGAGAUGACCACAAACAGCGCCAAUGGGCAGCCUCGCAAAUCCACGGCAAGGUUUUCGCGCAAGAUGAAGGAGCUGCUCUCCGGCAAAAAAGCUGAACGGGAGCAGGGCGCGACCGAUCUGCCGGCGAAGAAGAGCCCGUUUUACCGACAGUUUGUCGAGGCAAGAGCCUUCGUGAACACUGGCCUUCCUAGAUCAACAGCACCCCAAGACUCCAGCUAUAAUACCGCGAUGAAUGCACACACUCGCUUCGCACUCCCUUUGAACACCCACGGCAGUCUCAAGCUCCUACAUGACAAGACCCAAGCGAACGUUGACAACAGGACUGACAAGGCGAUCAACCAGACUGCCGCAGCCACCACCACCACGAAUCAGCAGCGUCACAACUCGAAGUUUUCGCAAAAGAUGAGGAUGCUGCUUCCCGGCAAAAAAACCAAUGCCGGGUCGGCAUCGGAGGACAGUAAGGCCACGGUGAGCGUGCGGAAGCGCGCAACAACGGCCCAUCUCAUCAGUUCGCACGCAUUCGUGCAGCUAGGUCGGCCCUAG